AUGGAACCUCAGAAAAACCCGCCAUCAAACGAGAUAGCGAACCAAUCGCUCCAAAUAUUGAUCAAAGGUGAUUCUUCUACGGUGAUUACCGACCCCAAUGACUUAAUAGUCGGGUGUAAAGUCCAAGUAUUCGAACGGAAAGAAGAAAAAUAUAUCGAGGCCGAAAUUCUCUCGAAACAAAUGUUAGCGAAGAAGUUGCAAUUCUACGUUCAUUUCAAAAACUACAACAAGAGAUUGGAUGAAUGGGUCACUGGUGAUCGGAUAGAUUUGAAACAGGGAGUAACGUGGCCGAAUCUCGAAGAAUCCAAUGACGAGAAGAACAAAAAACAUUCCAAAAAGACCGCCAUUGCCGGGGGUGGUAGCAGCGGCAGCAGCAGUACCAACAAAAAGAAGCGUAAAAGAGAUGUAUCGUCAGAGCAUCACGGGGGAGAAAAUAGCGAUGUUAUGGAUUUGGAUAACUUGGAUGUCCAAGGUUUGAAAAACGAGGAUGAGGUUACCAGAGAAGAUGAGCUCAAGAAACUUCGAACUAGUGGGUCAAUGAUCCAAAAUCAUUCGGAAGUUGCAAAAGUCCGGAAUUUAUCAAAGAUAUUGAUUGGUGAACAUAUCGUCGAGCCUUGGUAUUUCUCUCCUUAUCCCAUAGAAAUGACGGAAGUCGAAGAAGUGUACAUUUGUGAUUUUUCUCUACAAUAUUUUGUGUCUAAAAAGCAGUUUGAAAGAUUUAGAAAAAAAAGCACCCUAAGACACCCGCCAGGUAAUGAGAUUUAUCGGGAUUCAAAAGUGUCUUUUUUCGAGAUCGAUGGUAAGAAGCAGCGGACCUGGUGUCGUAAUUUGUGUUUGUUAUCUAAAUUAUUCUUGGAUCAUAAAACUUUAUAUUACGAUGUCGACCCGUUCUUGUUUUAUGUCAUGACCUAUAGAGACGAAGUUGGUCAGCAUGUCGUUGGGUAUUUCUCGAAAGAAAAGGAGAGUAUGGAGAACUAUAACGUUGCGUGUAUUUUGACAUUACCAUGUUACCAAAGAAAUGGGUUUGGGAAAUUAUUGAUCCAAUUUUCGUACGAAUUAUCCAAAGUGGAGAACAAGGUCGGAUCUCCUGAAAAACCUUUGUCCGAUUUGGGAUUGUUGUCAUAUAGAUCGUAUUGGUACGACACAACUAUUAUUCUCUUGAUGGAGCGUCAAGAGAAAAGCAUCACCAUUGAUGAAAUCAGCACGCUAACGGCAAUGACCACUACCGAUAUUCUCCACACGUUGCAGAACUUUAAUAUGUUGAGAUACUACAAAGGUCAGCAUAUCAUUGUAUUAACGGACGAAGCAAUCAAACAUUAUGAUAAGCUCAAAAAGAAAAACAGACAUUACUUGGAUGGCAGAAAAUUGGCCUGGAAACCACCGGUAUUCACUGCGUCUCAAUUGAGAUUUGGUUGGUGA